AGUUUUCAGUCUGCUAGCUUCACGAUCUUGCUGCAAACGUUAACAACUUACAGUUACACUUUCCGACACUCUGAAUUAUCAUUUAUCGUUUAUUUUACAGUUGAGCUGGGCUUUUGAAUUGAAAAGAAAUAUUGCAGCUAUGGAUCAUGGAUUCAGUCAGGUUUAUGUGGACAAUCUGAUGGUCACAGAUCAACAACAGCUACUCUUGAACCUGAAACUAAUGAAGAAUGUGAUAAUUGGAAGUAACAAACAAAAGACCAACUUGAUGCUAUGUGGAGCUGUUGACAGAAUCCAUUACAUAAUGACGAGUGAAGGUGUGUCCCCUGAGAUUCUGGUAGAGAGUGCUGUAUUACUGGGUAGCUUUGCCAAGGGAACAGUGGACAACAAGAGAGAGCUCAUGGACAGGCGUAUCUUAGCUGUCAUGCUUCAAGGUCUAGGUAGUGAUAACAUCGAGUUUGUGGAAGCUUGUUUACGGUUUCUUAGGACCAUUCUGACCAGCUCGAUAGCCCCAGUUGAUGAUCUAGUAUUUGAGGAUGCUUCAGUAAUACCACGCCUGAUACAUCUCCUACCAAAGACAUUAUGUUCUCAGGAAUGUGUGGCUCAUAUUCUAUCUCAAUGCUGUAAGACCACUAAACAGCAAGAUACAUUGUACCAACAGGGAGCAGUUGAUGCUCUGGCUCCUUUGCUGUGCUCAGAAAUCAACAAGAUUAGACUCCCUGCACUCCAGUGUCUAGCUGCUCUCAGCUAUCAGAAUCGGUUUGUCUCCUUUGAAAUAUCAACUGCCAAGUACAACAGAGAAGAUAUGUCAACAUUACUGAGCCGACUUUUAGCCAGGGAUCUUCCUGUCAACAUACAGCUUACAGCAGCCAAAUGUUUAUGUUAUUUAUGUAGAGCUGGUGCAAUAAGUUCAAGGUGUCCUCUAAUUGUGCAAAGGGUUCUCCCUAGCCUUGCCAGAAUGUGUAAGAAGGAUAGAUCAGUGGAGGAAAGAGUGGAGGCAGCAGAGACGUUGGCCUUUCUGAUUGAAGAGGAUGUAUCCCUUCAGGUAUCUGCUAGCAUCACAGAUCAUCUCAUCCCCACCAUUGCUCUCUUUCUCAAGUAUUCACCUAGCCACUCGUCAAACAAGGAACAUGGUAUUCACACUCAGGCUGAAUUGAGGCAAGCCGCUUUCAAAGUAUUUGCAUCAUUAGGGGCAAAUGUAGAGGAGAUCAGAAAAAAGAUCAUUGAAACAGAUAACUUAAUGGAUACCAUGGAGAAGUCCAUCGAAGAAGAAAAUCUGAAGGUUCAGCUAGCUUCAGCAAGAUGUUUACACAGUCUCUCAAGAUCUGUGCAGCAAUUGAGAACAAGUUUCCAAGAUCACAUAGUGUGGAAGCCCCUUGUUGAUCUAUUGCAACAUGAGAGUGCUGAUGAGCUGAUGAUUGUGGCAUCUUCAACACUCUGUAAUUUACUGCUGGAAUUCUCUCCCAGCAAAGAUAAAAUUGUUCAAGCAGGUGCAAUUGACAUUCUUUGUAAGCUGACGACCAACUCCAACGCCUCGCUGCGUCUCAAUGGUAUCUGGGGCCUGAUGAACAUGGCAUUCCAAGCAGACGAGAACAUCAAGACUAAUAUCCUUGAAAAGAUGGGCACCGACCAGCUCUUUCGAUUGCUCAUUGACACCAACGUUGACAUCCUAAUGAAGACCCUAGGUCUACUGAGAAACCUUUUGUCGACCAGACUUCAUAUAGAUAACAUCAUGUUGACCCACAGUUCACAGAUCAUGACAGCUGUUAUCAUGAUCCUAGAGGGCAACCAUCCACCCCAGGUCAAGGAACAGACAUUGUGCAUACUUGCAAACAUAGCAGACGGGACUUCGGCAAAGGAAGUGAUUAUGUCUAAUGAAGAUAUCCUCAAGAAACUUACCUGUUACAUGAGACAUGACAAUGUGAGGCUUCAGAUCGCAUCAGUGUACUGUAUCAACAAUCUAGUGUGGAACCAAGAGGACGGAGCGACUGAGAGGCAAUCUAAACUCAAGGAAUAUGGGAUACAGAAACAGCUACAGUCCCUACUCAAUGCCAGUGAUACUGUCCUCUUUGACAAGGUCAAGAUGGCAUUGCAGCAGUUUUCAUCAUAAUGAAUUCCUGUGAUUGGAAGAAGAAUCUAACUUUCUCAGGCACCAUUGGUUGAAAGGACUGAUGAUAGCACUGUGGCAAUGAUGAUAGUAAUCUUUUCUUGGAUAUUUGUACAACACAUUAUCCACCAAAGACAAUGUUCCAGAUGCCUCAGUGUUACCCUAGCUUAGCUUGGCACUCGAUAUCACUGCUCACAGCAUUCAAGGAAUUGCUUCCCAAUGGUGCCUGUUUAGAUCUGGAUGGUUAGAGUGGCAAACGUAGAUUAGCAUCUUGCCAAAGGACACACUAAAAGAGCUGUCGUGGGCUUUGAACCUGGGACCUCAUGGUUCACAGUGUGAGGAAUUACCCCCAGAUGGUGACUGUCAACAAAAGAGGAAAAUUGCACCAUGGGGUCCUCUCAUAGACUACUGUGCUAUAUACUAGUCUCGCUACAUAGACCCUUUUGUAAAGUGCUUAAAAAUAUAUAUUGUGAAGUUUGGUACGUAUCACGCUGGCCAUUUAAUCUUUAUCUUAUAAUGAGAGUUGUGAAAGGCAAUCUCUAAUCAUUUCUCUUCUAGCAACAUACAGUGGUAUGAAUGUUGUGCAGAGUAAAGUUCACAAAAUGUCAGCAUUGGUUGUAUAUUCUAUUAGGUGUAUAUUCUAAGACUACAUGUCAUAAUAAAGUGUCGCUUUCUGUGUAAGGAACUGUUGAGCAGUUCAGGACUGAAACUGUUAUUCAGUAUGAAUAUGGCAUAUUACCUCAAACAUCUACAUAGGCGUAUUAGUACAAUGGCAAAAUAUUUAUAUAGUUUGUUUGCUAAUGUUGUUGCUUUCCACUGUACUACACUUGAACUUAGAAAUCUGGUUUAGAUGUAACCACUUCUUUCAAAGUAAGGCAUUUUCUAGAUGAAUAUGUGCACUGCCAGACAUUGGUCUUAUGAACUGAUAUCAUAAUAACAUCCCAGAUGAAGGCUUGAGGUAUGCUUGUUAAUGUUACAUAAUCACUUUUCAUAUACAUGGCACAAUGGAACAUUCUGUAAAAUGGAUUUUGAAUGGACUUUAAAAAAAAGAGUAUUUGGACAAUUUCUCCAUCUGUACUUCAAACCAUUAACUGCUCAAGCUGUAAUUAUUUGAGAGCAGUAGAGCUUUUCAUAUCAACAGAGACAAAACAUCUCGGGAAGUCGCAGGUACAUAUUUAUGGAAUUGCCCAUUUAAAUGUGUAAAACACCUCUAAAAUGCAUUGAGUGAAAUGUUUUUAUUUGAGUAAGACUCUUCAGUUGUAAAGGGCUUGAUAUAUAUAUAUUUAUUGAUCUUGAUGGCAGGAAACUUAUGAUUAAAACAAAAUCUGUGGUUGACUGAAAGGAUGUUGAGAGAAACUGGUAAUCAAUAGAAAGUCAUUGUCGGUUCCAAAGAUUAUUCAUAUGUCUAGCAAUUGAUUGGUUUGUUUCUGGCAUCAGAAAGUAUAGAUUAUAUAUAGAAUCUAUCGAUUCAAUAUUUACAUUUAAUUGCAAUUGGUUUCCUUGAGCAACCAAUUUCAAGUAAUGAGGACUAAAGUCAAGAAAUAUAUGGAUUCUAUGUGUACCAGUAUUAUUUAUUUUAAGACAUCGCCUUUUCUAGAAUUCUGCUUAUAAGGAAAUCUAAUUUCUGCUUUAGAUUAUUGCUAUAUGUAACUGAAUCGUAUUGUGCCACUGAUCUGUAUGAAGAUAAAUCUCUUCUAUGUAAUAAUGUGAGUAUGGAGAUAAAGCUUGAUAUGUAAUUAGCUGAUAUGAAUGUGAAUUUGUAUCUAAAAACCCUUUAUCAGUCAGUUAUUCUGAGUUUUAAGAUUUUUUAUGAGCUUAGUAAAAGCAAAUACUCUGCAAGCCCGCUGAUACUUUUAGUAAUCCUGAAGUAAACAUGGUCUCAACAAAACUCUUUGAACUUGUUUUGUGUUCUACAACUUGAAAGUAUUGAAGUACAGGUACAAGUAUACAUAAAAAAUAAAUCUUUGAUUGACUAAAUGUUUACUUUUGAAGCGCAAAUGACAGUUAGUUUUGCGUAGUUUUUUUUUUUUUAAUGGUGAUUGAUUCUUAGUUUUGAGGUGGAUCGCCACAUAAAUGACACCAUAUUUGUGUCACCUUAAUUUGUUCCUGUCCAACUGCACUCUUUAAAAUUGAGGGCAAGUUCAACAGAAAAGUUUGAAUCGUCAGAGCUCAACUGCAUUCAAGUUAGAAGGUUUGGGACAAAGAUUUUGCCCAUAAUAUUAAAGACAGCUGAAAGCCAUAAUCACUGAUUUUAUGGGAGAGUCUGUAAAACCAAGUGUAAUUGUCACUAUCAUCAUACCCGAGAUUGAGAUUUGGUGCAGUGUCAUAAACUGGACUUUGUAAAAUCAUGAAAUCUAAGCUGAAAAAUGAUCACUCUGAAGAUCACCAACACAGAUCAGCCCAUAUGGGACAGUUUAUUACCGUUGCUUGGAGAAAAAAGACCCGACACUUUGUCAGAAUGCCAUACUUAUUUGCUAAAGCAAUUGUACAAUUUCUUCUAGAAUCCUUUGAUUUUAUGUUUGUCAUGCAGACAAAUUGGGUGGGCAUUUCAAAGGAUUCUUUAAAAAAUAACUUUCACAUUGUUAGCACAACUGGCAUUUGUCUUUGAAGAGAGUCACUAGGUCUGAUUUAUUCAUAUAUACAAAUGCAACUCAGUGAUGGUUUUCAUAUAGUGUGUAUGGGCUAAUGGGAUUCCUCGAUUUUUUGCUGUAAAGAUCAAUGGAAUUGUUUGAUUGAUGCUUAUUAAAUUCUCAUAAUUUUGUGAUGAAAACCAAUGUCAAAACAUUUUAAGAA